AUGGUGAUUGAGAAACUUAACUAUGCUGAUUAUUUUUUAGUGUUUAGCGAUGUAAACAAUCAUUUAAAAAAAGAAAAUAUUAUUGUGGGACCAGGACGGGGGAGUGCGGUUUCUUCCUUGGUAGCCUAUUUGCUAGGGAUAACCAGCGUUGACCCGUUGGAACAUAAAUUAUUCUUUGAAAGAUUUCUUAACGAGAAAAGAAAGAAUUUGCCGGAUAUUGAUUUAGAUGUGGAAAAUCAAGAAGAAGUAUUCAAUUACUUGCAAAAAAAGUAUCCAAAAAGGCAGGUAGCUCGCAUUAUCACCAAAAAAAAAAUUGGUUGGAAAGUUGCCCUGCGGGAAACCGCCAAAUUAUACAAAGUAGGAGAAAUAAGAUUAAAAGAAAUUACUUCCCUAACUGGAGAAAAUCCUAAUUUUAAUGACCUAAAAUUACAACGCUGGCAAGUUAGUUACCCUAAUUUGUUCCAGUUAACCGGUAAAAUUCAGAAUUUAUAUUAUGAUACUGGCAUCCAUCCGGCCGGAGUUAUCAUUAGUGAAAGUUCGUUAACCGGUUCAGUGCCUUUGAAGUCAGAAAAAGAUUGUUUAUUGACACUCUUCGAAGAGGAUAAAUUAGCUCAAUUAGGACUAAAAAAAUAUGAUUUUUUGAAUACUCCCUCGGCUCGAAUUCUUUUUAAUAGGUUUUGUCCGCAAAAUUUUACUGAAUUAGUACUUUUUCUCGCCCUUAAUCGUCCCGGCACCAAAAAAAAAGUCGAAGAAAUCUCUCAAAAAAAAAUUACCAAAGGCAAAAUCGUCUUUACUUCAUCAGUAAUUAAGGAAAUAUUGACUGAGAGUUAUGGUCAUAUUAUAUUCGAAGAACAAAUAAGCCAAAUUUUUGUCCAUGUCUAUGAUUGCUCAUUUGCCGAAGCCGAAAUAAAAAGAAGAGAAUUGACUAAAAAAGGGCUAGAAAAAGAUUUUCUUAACCAAGCCCAAAAGGUAAUGACCUUAUUGGAAAGCAAAUUGAUUUAUCAACAAAUUAACUCCUCCCUCGGCUACACUUUCAACAAAGCACAUGCGGUCGCUUACAGUUAUUUAACUUAUUAUAUUGCUCAUUUAAAAGCCAAUUUCUUUCCCGAAUUAAUUACCUAUUUUCUUAACAAGAGAAAAGAAAGGGAGUUGGCUUAUCUCCAAGAAGCCUUUUUUUAUGGAUUUCAAAUCAAAGGACCAGACAUUAACUACUCAGAAGUAGAAUGA